ACUGAAUCCAAUCAUCCAUCGUCCCUUAGCAAUAUUCUCACUCCUUCGUCUCCACCUCCGGCCGUCCUUCAUCCGGUCACAGAAGUCGGAAUCUUCCCUCCUCCGCGCCACGGAACGCAAUCGAACGGACACGAUCAAACAGAACGUACCGGAAGCCAGAAAAAGGGGGAUCCAUAACGCAAGAAUCAUCAACAUUCUUCCCGCUGAGAGAUGCAUCCUCUCUACGCGGUGAUCGCGACGAGGAUGGUCUCGACGAUGUCCCAAUCCGGGUCCGGCGACGAGAUACCCUACGGGACCGUCACCUGGUUCGUCUACGCCGGCAUUUCCUGCUUUCUCGUCAUCUUCGCCGGCCUCAUGUCCGGCCUCACGCUCGGCCUCAUGUCUCUCAGCCUCGUCGACCUCGAAAUCCUCCAGCGCAGCGGUACCGUCGCCGAGAAGAAACAAGCAGGAUUGGAAUUUGCACGAAUGUGUGUUCUGAAUUUGGCUUUGCCCGUGGGGAAUUGUUGUGCAGCGGGUAUACUUCCGGUGGUUCAGAAGCAGCAUCAACUUCUGGUGACUCUACUUCUCUGCAAUGCCGCUGCAAUGGAGGCUCUACCUAUAUAUCUGGACAGGAUGUUCAACCAAUAUGUUGCAGUUAUACUCUCAGUGACGUUUGUUCUGUUUUUCGGGGAGGUUAUUCCACAAGCAAUAUGCUCCAGAUAUGGACUCGCCGUGGGUGCCAAUCUUGCUUGGCUUGUGCGAGUUCUGAUGAUCAUUUGCUAUCCCAUAUCGUAUCCUAUUGGAAAGAUGUUGGACUGUGUAUUGGGGCAUAAUGAAGCUCUAUUUAGGCGGGCUCAGCUGAAAGCCCUUGUUUCCAUCCACAGUAAGGAGGCUGGGAAAGGAGGUGAACUUACACAUGAUGAGACGACGAUUAUAGCUGGGGCAUUAGAUCUAACUGAGAAGACUGCUGAAGAGGCUAUGACACCUAUAGAAUCAACUUUCUCCUUAGAUGUCAACUCCAAGUUGGACUGGGAGGCAAUGGGUAAAGUUCUGGCAAGAGGACAUAGCAGAGUUCCUGUCUAUUCUGGAAACCCCAAGAAUGUCAUUGGACUUCUCCUGGUGAAAAGUCUUCUCACAGUAAGACCUGAAACAGAGACCCCUGUCAGUGCUGUCUCAAUCCGAAGAAUUCCACGGGUACCGUCAGAUAUGCCACUGUACGAUAUACUAAACGAGUUUCAGAAGGGAAGUAGCCAUAUGGCAGCUGUUGUUCGGGCCAAAGGGAAAAGCAAGACUGAGAAACAAGAAGAAAACAAAGCAACAGGGAAAGAUCAGCUAACGACUCCUUUGCUGUCCAAAGUGGAGGAAACGCCUGGGAGUGUUGUUGUGGAUAUUGAUAGGUUUGCAAGUCCAAGGGCCGGGUACGGAUUGCCUCAACAAUCAGAUCAAGAUAUAGAGGAUAGUGAAGUUAUUGGUAUCAUCACCUUAGAGGAUGUGUUCGAAGAACUCCUGCAGGAGGAGAUUGUGGACGAAACAGAUGAGUACGUUGAUGUUCAUAAAAGAAUUCGUGUGGCAGCAGCAGCUGCUGCAGCAUCAUCAUUGGCUCGAGUACCAUCAGGUCGAAGGUUAAUAACAGCCAACAAAGGCCCUGGUGGGCAGGGGAAGUCGGGGCAAACCCCGAGGAAAUCCGACCACGAUUCGAGUACCCCGAGGUCAUUAGGAGGAAGUGUCGAUGUCGCUGCAGAACCUUUUGGGAUCAAGAGAUCAUAGCAUAGUACAUAACAAAGUUCCAUGCCACUGGCUGCAGAGUUUUGAUCUUGAUCCUGUAAUUUUUUGAGGCAACGAUACUCAGAGAAUGAGAGAUCCAAUUUUUUUCUCUUUUUUUUUUGUAUGCAUCCGAUCCUGCCCACUGUUGUGCCUUAAAUUAUGAAGUACAAAAUUUCAUUGUAGCAUAUAAAUGAAAAAAAGGGUAGUCUAGUGGACUACUGUCUCAUAAAUUUUGCUUCCCCCAUCCCCCAAGUACAAGGAAAUCCUACCAUACAAACGUACGUAUUAUGCAUGUGUAUUUUUAUACAACGUACGUGCAUGCCAGUACGUGUACAAACAUGAGCUUCUGCAGAUCGAAUUAAUCUUUACAGCUGCUAGCUACGGCCUUGUAUAUAUUGAACAUCAAACAGAUGGAAGUAGGGAGAUACAGAACUCAAAGUUGAAGUCGGUUUAUUCGUCCUCGUCGUGGUCGGAAUCCCAAUUGAGAAGGAUGAGGGAGCACUUCCAGAUGAUGUAGAGACGAGUCCUCUGCUCCCUCACCGCCCUCCGCCAUGAAAUCAACUGUGGAAGCUGCUUCUGAAGCCGCCGCGGCCUCAUCCAUCCCAGGUAAUGCCUCCCCUUCAUGAUGAACAGCAGAGAAAAUCAAGAACAAAGAGAAAGAAGAAUGCUUGAAUUUUCC